CUGCUGAUCUUUUCCCCUCCUUCGAGCUGCGCCUCCUUAUUGUUCCACUCCUCUAAUCCGUGAAAUCUAGAACAAGAACCGCGUGGCGAGGCUAGCCGGUACCAGUGGCACCGAGGAACUCGGUACCAACGGAGGUCUCAUCUUCGGGAACGAGAACCGCGCUCCCUCUCUUUCUCUUUUUCUCUCUCUUUCUCUCUUUUUCCUCUCUUUUCGUCGUCGUUUACGAUACGACCACGUUGAGCACGUUCUCCGAUAACGAGCCCCACGAUCGGCAAAAGUGCGCGUAUAAAACCGAUCCUGGUCACCUGGAACACCUAGUCCACCGGUACACCGUGUCCGGAACACAUCGUCUCCGUAUCUCCGAAGAUCCACGUUUCCAGUUUAGGAUCUCCGAAUCGAGCAACUCCUCGAACAAUCGAUCGGCCGAAGAGUAUUUGUAAAAGUUUCGUACAGUUCGAAGAGUGGACGGAUCAAAGGCACGUGUCGUGUUUACCAGUGAACGCGAUACCUUUCGACCAGCUUUCGUGAAUUAAGGGAACGACGAUAAUCCGUCAUUGUGUCGUUCGACUGGUUACCAGUGGGAAUUACACGUAGCUGUCUUUUCGAAGAAGCGAAAGUUGUACCAUUCGCAAUGCCACGAAGCGGUUGCCGCGCGAAAACCACCAUGUUUGGAAGAAGCAGAGCGAGGACGAUAGUCCUGGUCGGCCUGAUGUUGCUCACGCUUCUCGACACGGUUAACAGCACUCCUUACAAGAGGUCCUUGCUCAGGCUAUGCUCGAAAAGUCUCAGCGACGCUCUGUACCUCGCGUGCAAGGAUCGAGGUUACAACGAGCCGUUUUCCUACAGCAGCGAGGAUAGUCCUAUGGAUUCCGUGGGCCCGGGACUCGCGGAGGAGUGUUGCUACCAUACGUGCACCUAUACCCAGCUGCAACAAUAUUGCAAGCCGGAGAAGUCCAGUUCCGUGGACGCCGUAAACAGCCCGGUCUGGAUAGAAAAAUACCCGUACCUGUCCACGAGGUCGGCAACCUCGUCGUCGUUGGAAGAGAGAUCGAGGUCGGACAUCGACUACGUCCACGGUACAAUUAAAUGUAAAAUCCACGGGUCGAAGGGAGCACGAAGGAAGGGGGCUAACAUGGACCGUGACGACGACGCCGGCGGCUGCGACAGGAAAAACCCGUUGAGGAGGCAUCGCGCCGGCCAUUGCGGCUGCAGGCAUCGACGACAGAGGCGUCGUCGUCUUGGCAAGAUGCUAGAGAAGACAUCGGGCGUGAAAUCGGGUGCGCCAUUGAAAAAAGAGGUAGAAACGGAGACAAAAACAACGACCCGUGAGGCGCCAUUUUGAAGCACCUCUUUCAUCUUAGCAUCGAACUCUCUGUGUUCUAACUUCUUUCCUCCUUCGUUCGUGCACCCGUCGAGACAGUCGAAGAGACCACGAACUCGAAACAAUCGUAACAAACAAAGAGAGCUAAACGAGCAAAAGGAAGAAAAGCGCGAGAGGGAACAAAAUAUCUAAGGAAGAUGAGGCCAAUGGACAAGAAAGCGUGAGGAAGCUGAUCCAAGAGGACAGAGGCGGACGAAAGAGAGCGUGCAGUCAGUAAGAUGUCUAGUCCCAUAAAAUAGUGAGAAAUUGGUCAUUGUAUUUUCUGGAGUUGCGAAGGAAAAGAGAUCAGAGACGAGUAAGAGUAAGUCGUUCGAUCGUCCUCCCUUCGAAUCUACGGCGCGAAUGGUCGACUUGGAAAUUUACAAUCUGAUCUAUUCUGCAAUUUUUAACAUAUUAGUCGAGUAAAAUUAUCCAAAUGGAUAAAAAACAGGAAACAAAAAAUAUAAAAGAUGGAGAAAUGAUAGAAAAGAUGGAAAUAAGAUGGUCAAUUUUCGUGGAUUUCUCGUACAUGGGCCAUCGCAUCGCUUGAAAAACGACGCUCGAUGUCUCUGGAAGCACUGCUCGUGACGCGGAGUAUCCACAUUCACGAGUAAUCGCGGCUGAAUCCGAAAAAAUGGAGAAGCUAUACGUAUGUAAUAAAUUGGGAAAACCGAUCCGGGCCAUCAGUCGCGCGCGAUCUCCUAGAGAAAGACUUAAAUCCAGUGUUGUAACACGUCUAACCUAACCCUAUACAAUAAGUGUAUGUAUAUAUAUUUUUUUGCUCGAUUUUUUCGUUUUAUUUUAUUUUAUUAUUAUUAUUAUUAUUUGUCUUCGUGUCUUUCUCGCUCUUUUUUUUUUAACGAGACGCAUACACACACAUACACAGAAAUGUACAUACGAGAGAUAAGUUUAGUCGGACUCGUUCGCGAUUCUUUCUUUAUUUUUUUUUUUUUUUCUUUUAUUUUGUUUCUCCGUUUCGUUGCUCUCGUUAAGUUGCCGGUCACUUUCAGCUCCCUUGUCGAACAAUGAUCUCACUAGUAUUAGAGCUAAGGAAUUCUACAUUUAAUAAAUUAGUGCUGAACGAACUAGUCACUAAGGACGAUGGUAAGAAAUACCGAGCAACCGAGAGGCAGACGAAAUAUGCGAGGCGAUCGGAAUUUUCUCGGAGAACAAAGUCAGAAUCGCGAUUCCUUUUUGGAUGAUGAGGUUUAGGUGGAGAAUUUCUCGCUUCGUCUUUAUUUGAGUGUCAUUUUGAAUAGAAGGAAGUCAAUCUGGCCUUUAAUAUCCCUAUUGCGUUUAAUCAAUUUUACGUGAUUUAAUCGCAUCCUUAAAUUUUAAUGCAGAUGUUUCUUUUUUUUGGUUUUGUUGAUCGAGAUAAAGUUUUAAGAUUUUGACGAAUUUCCAUUAUUAUCUGAUACGAUAGGAGGGUUAAACGAAUCACAAGAAUAAUGGAAUAAGUUUGGUAAUAAAACAAAUGAAAUCUUACAAUUUACGUAUCCUAUGAUUAUCCUAUUCGAUUCAAUUCACUAACAUCAUUAACUAGUAAAUUAUUGCGAAUAAGAAGAUGCGAUAGCGCGGUAUCUUUCGCAAAUCAAAGAAUUCGCUUCUAUAGAAUGAAGCUUAGAUUCUGCGUGACUCUGCGCCAUUCGACAAUUUCCAAAAUCUUACAAUUUAAAUACCGUAACACGCAAUUACCGCUUAACUUCACGAACAGUGGAACCAAUUUUCCAAUAAAAUUGGUCAGAUUGACUUCUGAAUAGUUCGAAUCGCUUAAUACAAUUAUGUAAAAGAGCAAGAGGAAAGCUCUCUGAAUUUUUCAGCCUGGACAGCGUUAAUUCUUGUUCUGCAUGAAAAGAAGAGAAACUGUUCCACAGCAUUGGAAUUAUUUCGAGGCAAAAUCGAACGAUUUAAAAAUUUGUUUAAACUGUCGAGUUUUACGAAAUAUCAUUGCGCGAAUAUUGCGAUCCGGCAAGAACAAACUCGACAAGAUGAAAGAAGAAAGUGAAAGAGAAAUGCAAUUGUGUAUUGCGAAUUGAAAGACGAGUAAAUAGGUAUGUAGAUAUAAAUAAACGGAUAUAUAUGCGAUAGAAAAUAGCCGUGUCGUUUAACAACGUUCAAUUUUGCCUCCGUACUGUAUAGUGAGAUACUCGAGGCACGCUCGAACGGUGCAUAAUAAUUCGAGGGUCGCGAACCACCAGAUGUGUUUGACGUCAUUCGCCACUAGUUUUCAGUUGUAUUAGUUAAUUUAUUUAAUUCGACUCUCGACUCUGAACGCUCGAGUGUGCCAUUUCAAAUUCUACUGUUUCAAGAGUAUACCUAACGGGUAGCGUAUACGGACUUAGCGAAGUAUCGAAAGAAGUAUAGCGAAACGUUUGAAAAAUUCUAUAGUUUUAAUUAUUUGUGUCUCUAUUUUUUAAUAAAAAAUAGAAAAAUGUGAAUAAUUAUUAUUAUGGAAUAUAUAUAUAUUUUUAAUAUUAGGUGUGUAAAUUAAUUCGGUGUAUCUAGAUUUAAUAACUUUUUAUAGGUAAUUAUUUUAAAUUUAAAUAUUUUCCUAUCUUGUAAAUCUCUUAUAAAUGUAUAAAUAUCCUUUAAAGGAGCACCGUUCGUAACUUUGCCCGACAAUCUUGAAUAUAGAUUAGAAGAUUAAAAAUUAACAUAGAAAUUAUUUUAACGAUGAAAUUAGUAUUAUAUUCCUAAAUAAAGCAUUCAAUAAACUUUCGUCAAUAUUUCGUCGAUUUAAUUUACACGCCUAUGUAUUAAAACGCAUGAAAUGCGAAUAAGUUUUCUUAAAUAAUAAAAGUCCAGAUGUAACAUAUAAAGCAUUGAUAAGUUUAGUGUAAAAAUAUUAGAAAAUUCAUUAUACUUCUUCCACCAAGUAUUCGUAAAUAUCAUUUCACAAGCGCAUUUAUGUACAUAGUUUCUCAUUUUCUCGUCACUCAUGUUCAACCACUGUAAAUAAAUCGUACAUUCGCCACGGGUCCUGUAUAACGAGAAACGAUUUAAAUAUUUAUAUCAAUCGAAUAGUUACUUGUUCGCAAUCUCAUUCCUCCUUCCUGUUCUGUCACGUCUAUCAUAGAAGAUUGCGAUUCAUACGAGACACGUGGCGAGUUCUUGCGUAACCGGCUUGCAGAUAGCGAUGGGAUCGAUUUUCGCGUGCUGUCAGAACAUAUUCAUGGAGAUUGUUGUCCAGUUCUAUCUGCUAGAAUUUGCAUAAAAAAUACACGAACGCUUAAACUGA